CAUGCGCGCUUGGUUCUAACAGAAUUGGCGUGUCCACCGGUCUCUCUUCGUGAACACACCCACUCUCCUCUCAGUGCCCACUCGAGUUCGCUCGGAGUGAGGAUGAAGGUGCAGAACAUUCGGACCCUUUCUCUCAUCCUGUGUAUGAUAUCCUACCUGCUUGUGGGAGCCGCGGUGUUCGACGCCCUCGAGUCCGAGACCGAGAGCUCGAAGAAAAAAGUCCUGGAACAAAAGCGCAACGAGCUGAAGAAGAAGUACGGAUUCACUCAGGACGACUACCGGGAGAUCGAGAGAGUGGUUCUACAGUCGGAGCCACAUCGCGCCGGGAGACAGUGGAAAUUUGCGGGAUCCUUUUACUUUGCCAUCACUGUUAUCACAACGAUUGGUUAUGGACAUGCUGCUCCAGGCACAGAUUCUGGCAGGACAUUCUGCAUGUUCUAUGCUGUUCUGGGCAUCCCACUGACACUGGUCAUGUUCCAGAGCAUGGGGGAGAGGAUCAACACGUUAGUCCGCUACCUCCUCUGCAGGCUCAAGUGCUGCAUGGGAUUACAGUGCACUGACGUGUCCAUGGGGAACAUGGUGCUGGUAGGCCUSCUGUCCUGCAUGAGCACCCUCUGUGUCGGGGCAGCAGCCUUCUCUCACUUUGAGGGCUGGACCUUCUUCCAUGCCUACUACUACUGCUUCAUCACGCUCACCACCAUCGGCUUCGGGGACUUUGUGGCCCUGCAGAAGAAGGAGGCCCUCCAGAGAAGGAUUCCCUAUGUGGCCUUCAGCUUCAUGUACAUCCUGGUGGGGCUGGCCGUGAUCGGGGCUUUCCUGAACCUGGUGGUGCUGCGCUUCCUCACCUACAGCACACAGGAGGGAACCAGGAGCCUGGAGGUGGAGGGAGAGGAGCAGGCAGCAGUGCCUAAGAGGCCAUGGGGUGGGAAGGCGGUGGAGGAGGCAGAUGUGGAAGCAUCAGCACGGGACAGAGUUGAUGGGAUGGAGCAGAAAGAAGCUGAGGAUGGGCAUAGUAGCCGCUGCAACUUCUCCCUUUCCAUGGAUGGAGGCACCAGUCGUACCAACCUCAUCCCCUCUCCAUCUGAGYAGCUCAGGGGGACCCCUGGGGUCAGGGAAUCUGCUAAGCACCCUGAGUCUUGCAUCAGCGCCCUCUGCUUCUGUAUGUGCUUCAGGCUGUGUGCCUGUGACAGCCCCUCUCCAUCCCGCUGUGAGCACUCAGGCUGUCACAGCAACCCUCUCUUCUACAACUCCAUCUCCUACAAGGUGGAUGAAGCCUCUUGCAGCUCCAGGGGCACCUCAGCCCAGUCCUCCCCCAGCAGCGGUGCCCUUUUCCUGGGGAUGAGCAGCCCUCACACACGGAGGAAGUCAGUGUAGCUACCUGGAUUGUUGGGACUGACUCUGGACUGAAGUUGCCUUUGUUCUUGUCUUUUGAUGUGAAGCUCUGAGAGGAAUACAGUGCAGACAGAGAUGUUACUGAUUGUCUGAAGGUAGAACAAAUUGUGUUUGAUUUUCCUGUAAAGAAGGUAGCAUUUACAGGUUUCAGGUUGCGCUUCUCUGUUUAUUUUUACAGUCAAAAUGUAGCUUUUACAGGUAUCCUGUUCUGCAUUGUAUUUAGCAAUUGCAUUUUUUUCWAUAGAUAAAGAGAUGAUUUAUACAGGUAAAGAUUGUAUAAAAUUGUGAA